AUGUCGUACAGCGUGAAUGUGAAGGGCACCGUGUCAAUGUCCAGUGGCAAAGUCAGUUUGGUCUUGGAACAUGAUGCACCACAAGCUCCUCGACCAGGGGCCCCAGACGUACACACGAAAGUGACAAACAUUCGUGACAUGAUUAAGGGCAAGAUCAGCAACGGCACAAUCAUGGUUCAUGAGAGUCGCCAGCCUCUAACUGAUUGCAACUUGUCGACAAUGAUCUGUCACGCUCAGGAGAAGCAGAAGUUUCAUGCCACUGGGUCAUUCGGUAUGUGGAAUGAAUCAGCAGGGAAGGCAUUGGUGACGGCACUUUUGCGUGGCAAACGCACAUCGAAGCAGAGCACAUCUACAAGCAUCAAAGCCGUUGAGCACGCCAAUGCCCUUGACGCCAUCAAGAGCUUCAACGUGCAGCAGUUAAACACGCCCGUCUUCUUAGAGCAGUCUGGCACCAGCGGUGAGAUCUCCGACCUACCUCUCAAAGAACCAAGCUCUCAAACUCAGGCCAAACUCUUCUUCGACAUUAUCGAGAACAUUCAUCGUGACGCGGUGAAGUUACCAUUGCUGCAGAGCUGUUUGGUGGAGAAUCGUUACGAUGACUUGCCUGAUUUCGUUCGCCCAAAGAAACCAUUGCCGGUGCCAUACAAAAUGCAGAUCGCCAUCAAGUGCACUUCGGCCAUACACUGCACUGUCUUGAAGUACUAUUACUGCACUGCGAAGAUGAGUCUGUCAGCUGUGGACGAUUACAUUGUUGGCAAAGCCUACUUGGUAGACUUAGCUCCGAGCUACAAAGCGAAAGAACCCAAAGAGAAGAAGCCGGCGAGUACCCUCCAGACGGGCUUUGACUUCAUUCGCAGCGAAGGACCAAGAACCAACAUAGGGAAUCGUCAAGUUGAGUGGACCGAGAUAGAGGUGAACCGCACCGAUGGACCUCUGUCAGGAUGGAGCACAGGCCUCGUCAAGGAAUGCCUCCGCAACCAUUCCAAAACUCAGGUGUAUGCCAAGCCCCAGACUGACUUCUACCUCACCUUGCACGGCGUUGCCGGGUGGUUCUUGGAUGACGUCCUGGUGAACAUACUUGGUGACUUACAAAACAAGACCUUGGUCAUGAUGGGUUUUGCUGAGAAAGGUAAGACACCGGUAGCUCAGGCUAUCGCCAUGGCCAUGAGCGAGUACCACAUCAUUCGCAACUCCAAGGAGAAAGAAAUGCAGCCUUCCUUUCGACUAUGUGCAUCUCUUGACCAACUUAGAGGAGACUCCGGGUGUGUGGAGCGCCCAGAUAUUUUGGACGACCCUGACACUAAUUACCACGCUUCCAGUGUCGAAGCUGAAGUCCUUCCUAGACUCAACACUACAGCUCGGUUUGUUCGGAGUCAACUACGCAUCAUAUGUGACAACAGGGUAAACGAGGAUGCGGAACCAAGCAAGGGCACUGGGUAUGUCAGCUUGAAAGCCUUUAUGGACAUGAUCCAGCCGGCAUUCCCCGACAAAGCCUCCAAGCAGGAUAUCAUGGCUUGCCUCAAAAGGUCUCACUGGGUAGUCAAUCUACGACAAGGCGUGUACUUACGUCCAGCAGGUACUUCCAACGACGACGUGAUGUGCAUUUCCUGCACAGAUGGCGUGGAUGAUUUCAUCAGUCCAGAGGGCAAGAAGGUCAUGGCCCUCAUGAAGGACGGAUGUAAGAUUCCACCUCCGGAUUGGACCACCAAGCGGCAAUGGAGUCACGACCUCCUCAGUAUGCUCAUCGAACAUCGCAAUAAAGCCCUCCCUCGCUUUCUCGGGUCGCAUAUGCCCAGACUUCCUUGGGGAAUCACAUGGAGAGGAAUCGUCGGGCGCUGGCGACUACAACCUACUGACACACUCCCCCAAGAACUGAUCAAAGUGAAGGAGGAGGUCGAGAGCGCAAACUCCUUCCCAGGGGUACUCGCAGGAUCGAUGCCGGGUGUCAUUGACUUGGACUCGCCUAGCCCUACCCCAACCAAGCGCAGGAAGAGAAGCAUGAGCGAGAUGAAUGUGGUCUCAGCUGACAACUACUUUCCACAGGUAGGUGCUGAUCCAGAAGACUAG